AUGCCAAGUGCUAUACAGUAUUUUUCGGAUUUAGAUUCAUUGCAUCAUGUUACUAACAAUUUUCUAAGACCAUAAUCAGCUGUUUCACUAUAUUAGAAUAAAAAGAUUAGCAGCUCUACUAUGGUGGAUAAUAAAUAAGUUAGUGACACAAGAUUAACUGAUCCACGAUAAACACCAAGAUACAUAAAAAAGGAUAAAGAAGAAUUGUAUUAAGACUUGUUACAAUUAUAAUAAAAAUAUAAUUAAUGUAAUGAGGAAAAUACUAAAUUAAAAACUUAAAUUUCAUCUUUGGAAAAACAAGUUAUUCAUUUAACAGAUUUAGUUAGAAAUGUUGAAAUGUUUUGUAAUAAGAAAACUAGUCAUUUCAAUGUAUUUUAGUUAAAAAAACAAAUCCAAGAUCUCAAAACUGUCCUUAAAACAAAAGAAUCAGAAUUAGAAUCAUUAAAAUAAAAUGUUAAGACUACUAAAAUUGAUGAAAUCAGAAUUGAAUUAUAAGAAUCACAUGUCGAAUGUUUAAGAUUAAGAACUAUGCUUGAUCAACAAUUAAGACAAUAAGUGUUGUUUAAUUACAACGAUCAUACCUUGAUAGAAGAGAAAUUGUACAUCCAAAGUCAGAUGAUGAAUUAAUUAAAAACAGAAAAUGACUAAAUGACAGGAUUGCUUAAAAUCCAAGAGGAAGAAACCUAUUAUUACAAAAAUUUGUUAGCUGAAACCUUAAAAACAGUAAGGAGGUACGAGGAAACUAUUGAAGACUUACAUAAGAAUCUAAAAGGUAAAAACUAAUUUAUGGAUAAAUUGGCUUAAAAAAUAGAAGCCUUGAAAAAUACUAAUAAUGGGCUGGCUGAUAAAGUAGUAAAAGUGGAAGAUUUAAAAGAAGAGAUAAGAAUUUUAAAAUGCACAAUAGAUGAUUAAAAUAAGCAAAUUAAAAGUGUUUUAUCUGAUAAUGAGUAUCUCAAAGGGAUGGUCCAUGAAUUAAAAAUUAAGAAUAAUGAGAAAUCAGAAAUUUAAGCUAAAGAGAAAAAAGUAUUACAAGAUUAGAUUGCUAAAAUAUCAAAUCAAUAUGAUCUUUUAGAUGAUAAAUACAAAAAUUUGUUAUUAAUUUAGGUUUAAGCUAAAAAUAAGGAGACUGCUUAAUCGUCAUUGAUUCACAAGAAAGAACAAACUGUAGGUUUAACUCUAAAAAAUAACAAUGAUAGCUUUUAAUAACAAUAGAUUUAUGUUCCAAAAAAAUUAAGAGCCAUCAAAAUGAAUGAUGUUUUACACAUUGGAGAAGAAUUAAAUUACAGAUUUAGAAUUAAGAAAAUAAUAUUAAUUGAUGUUAUAGAGUAAUUCUUAUUUGAUGAUGACAACAAAAAAGAGAAAAAAGUUAGUAUUAAGCAACUACAAAAGAGAUUUGAAAAAGAACCAUUCAUGUUAUUUGAAUAAGAUAAAGCAUUAAUGUUUGCUCGCUUCUUAAUAGAAGAUAAUUCCUAAGAAUUUGUUGAAUUUAAUAUUGAGCUAACAGAAACCUUAGAGAGAGUUAAGAGCAUUUUUACUAAGAUAAUUGGUAAUUAUAGGAUAUUUAAUCCUGAUGAGGAAAUGAAGCAUAAAGAGGAUAUUACUAAACUUAUUAUCAAAUACAAGAAUUCUCUAAAGUAGCAUUUUGAUUCUCUUCAAAGCAAUAAUGGUGAAUUAAGCAAAAGAUAGAUCUUAGAAACAUUUAUUUUUAUGGACAUUGAUAUUAAUAAUCACCAGCUUGAAUACUUUUUUUUAAAGCUAUUUGUUUUUUCAAAUAAAAUUGAUAGGUUUCCAUAUUAAAAGAUUUUUGAAAUAUUCUAAUAGACUUAAACCGCAUCAACUCCUCAUCUACAAAGAAAGGAAACUCAAAGAAAAAAAGCAACAACUGAAUCUAAUAAACAACCUGUUUAUGUAACCAAGAGCCUAUUCAAACCAGUCGAAGCUACUAAUCUAUAAUAAGUUUGA